AUGAAUGACUUGGAUAGUGCAAUAUAUGCGUUGCAAAACGUUCGGACGAGACUCAGUCGCUCUGCAACUGAAUGCAGGAGACUCGUGUCUGCCGUUGGUCGUCUCCCUGUGGAAAUCCUAUCCGAAAUCUUUAUCCUGGCUCGACCCCAAUAUCAUGGCCUCAGGCUCGAUCCAAGCGAUCACUCUUCAGUUCAGAAAUACCUUCAACCUUCCUUCACCGUUGCUCAGGUAUGCAGACGCUGGCGAAGCAUCGCACUAGGGACUCCACGACUAUGG